CACAAUGCACUUUGACAGUACACAUGUACUGUACAGUACUGUAGCACGUAGUCCCUGCUGUGGCUUCUGAUCGGCGCCGGCCCCACAAAUUACGGGACCAUAUCGAUACAUGUAAGCCAUGCGCCAAGGGUACGUUAAUUCCUUUGGGGCGACAUGUAGGCCUAUGGUACGGUAUGGUAUGAUGGUACAUGGUUGCUGUGGGCGUGAGCUAACCGCUAAUUAACAGUGAAUUAGCCACCAUGGUAACAUCUAGGCAGCAUACAUGUGGCUUUAGAAUUACUGCACUCUGUGUGCCAGUUUUGAUCACACUUCUCAUCAGCCAAUCUGUGCAAUUUGCAUCAGCUGGUCCCAAUGCUACUUCGACCGUAAUUACGCAUGGCACAACAGGUGAUGCACACAGUGACAACAGCAGUGAUGAACAUGAGGGUGGGGAGUCAGAACCUCACACUGGACAUGGGGGCGUUCAUGUUGCUUCCUGGAACUUGGAGUAUGUAAAGUUGCCUCUGACAGUAACUGGCUUUGCCUUAUUUGUGGGCGUGGCCAAAAUAGGUUUUCAUCAUGCUGACUUCCUAUCUGCAAUUUUCCCUGAGUCUGUGCUUCUCAUUGUGAUGGGGGUCAUCUUUGGAGGCAUUGCUUUUGCCACAGGAAAUACAGGGAGCUUACAAUCUGAGACAUUCUUUCUAUAUCUACUGCCUCCGAUCAUUUUGGAGGCAUCCUACUCCCUGCAUGACCGUACCUUCCUGGAUAACCUGAUAUCUAUCUUGAUGUAUGCUGUUGUGGGAACCUUAAUCAACACAUUCCUUAUUGGACUGACAUUGUAUGGCAUCUCACUGACUGGUGCCUAUGGUGAUAGUUUUACCAUCAACCUCAUUGAGUGUCUUGUCUUCAGCUCCCUCAUCUCGGCUGUUGACCCAGUUGCUGUCUUGGCGAUCUUCCAAGAAAUCCACGUCAACCAUGUGUUAUAUUUCUUGGUGUUUGGGGAGUCCUUGCUGAACGAUGCCGUGACUGUUGUGCUUUACAAUAUGAUGAACAGCUUAUUAAGCCUUGAUAGCAUACCCGCUAGCCAGAUUGUGCUUGGCUUUGUGUCGUUCUUCACAGUCAGUCUUGGCGGUGCUGCUAUUGGUAUCAUAGUGGGCCUAGUAACAGCAUUCCUGACUAAGUUUACCAAGCAUGUCAGAGUGGUUGAGCCUCUGGCUAUACUUGGCAUGGCAUAUCUCUCCUAUCUCCUGGCUGAACUCUUCCACUUCUCAGGAAUUAUCAGCAUCAUUUGUUGUGGCCUGGCUCAAGUCCAGUAUGCCUUUGAUAACAUCUCCAGGAAGUCUAGCACCACCGUGACCUACUUCACCAAGAUGCUGUCGACUACCACAGAGUCACUGAUCUUUCUUCAGCUUGGCCAGACGCUCUGGGCAGAGAGCCAUCAGUGGAAUACAGGCUUUGUUAUCUUUACUUUGCUGUUCAUCUUUGUCUACAGAGCCUUUGGAGUGGUUGUGAUUACAUUCAUCGUCAACAAAUUCCGCAUCACCAAGAUCAACAAGGAGGAACAGUUUAUUAUGAGCUAUGGUGGUCUACGUGGGGCUGUAGCCUUCUCUCUAGUCGCUACUCUGAGAGUUGAAGAUGUUCCCAUUCGUAAUGCCUUAGUCACUACCACACUGGUUGUUAUUCUGGUGACCGUGUUUCUGCAGGGCAUUACCAUCAAGCCUCUGGUCAGACUGUUUAGGAUCAAGCGAACUAUAGGGGAGGAACCCACUGUCUCCGUCGUAAUCCAUCAGACUGUCAUUGACUAUGUGAUGGCAGGCAUUGAAGAGGUCAUAGGCCACAAAGGUCAUAACUAUUUCCGGAUGUGGUUAGAAAGUCUGGAUAAUCGUUUCAUGAAGAAAUACCUGCAGCGUGAGCCCACAUCCUGGGAAGAUGAAGUCAUGAAAACAUUUGAAAAGAUCACCAACCAUGAUCACCACAACCACAUAUUCAAGCUGUCAAGAGGGAAAGAGUGUCGUAAAGGCAGUGAGCCAGAAAUUGAGAAAUUUAAGCCCAUGCUGACAAGAGGUGACUCCUACUUUGAUUCACUCCGACGGCGAAAGCCAUUCAAGAAGACUGCAACAGGUGAAUAUACAGCAAUCAGUGACAAGGCCACACCUGCUGAUGUAGCUGGAGUCAUCCGGAAGAACCCAAGCCAUGCGCUCCAUGAAAAAUAUGACAAAAACCUCCUGAAAGAUGACAGUCAGGACCUUCCCCUGUUGAUGCGACAGCGAUCCCAGGAGCACGUGCUGGCCAGGGAGCGCAUCCUCGCCAUGAGCGUGGCCUCCAAGUGGAAGAAAAGCCUACGAGGCUCCAAGUCAGCCGAGACAGCACCAGAGACCAUCGCUGAAGAGAGUGGAUGUCAUGAUGGGAGCACAGGAGAGGACGACAGAGCAGAGCAAGAGAAAGGCAAGAAGCUUGGAGAAGAGAAGGAGGAGAUUGGGAUUCAGGGGCCGGAAGACAAGGACCCAAACAUCUCGGUGGUGAAGGCGGACCUUGAGAUCAACAACAGAGAUGCUGACACAAUGGUGUAACAGAAUCUCCAGGUAAAGCCUCUAGGCAGUCUCACAAUAAUUCCAGAUCUAACAGUAUACUUUGAGAUACUGUUGGCAGUAGACAACCUCGUUGCUAGUUCUGAGGAGGUGCACAACUGUUGAGAACACCAGUAAAAGGACCGCAUUGUCUGCUGUCACCAGCAUCUCAAGUCUCCCUUUGGUGAUUCAAAGUGAGAAAUGGGCAGUAUUAUUAUUAUUAGCGUAUCUUUUUCCCAUAUCACUAGAAGAAAACAUGGACCACUAGUAAGUCCAACUGCAAACGAUUUGUAGAUAUUAUGUGUAUAAAACUCUGAGUAGAUUGGUUCUGAUGAGAACAUUGAGUUCAUUGUAACUCAGUGUGCUGUUACUAUUACUGGGAGAGCACAGUGACCAUAAGGUCACUUAGGGUUCUCGUCAUUCUCUUUCUGUUUAUCAAUAAAAGCAUUCUUGUAUUCAAUAAGGUACUGUUCUCGUUAAGAUUAACCACCUGACAGGGUAGCUGCAAUCAAUUUGUCUAAUACAAACCUUCAGAAUGCACCUUUGUGUCUCAGUUAACCUUGUUAAGUU